UGUUUUCUUUGCUCUCUGUUUUUUCUUGUCGCUCACGUUCACUCUCUCCUUUUCGCUCUCUCUCUCUCUCUCUCUCUCUCUGUCUGCCCUCCUAACGCCCCAACCCUUGGCGGGGGGACACUAGACAUUCUCCACAAGGAGGCCAGGCGAGUGUUUGAAGUCCCAGCAGUGGAGGAGACCAGACUCUGGGCGCGUAACGCCGAUGGCUCCUACGAGAGGCUGCGGAACCCGCAGGCGAUUCUGAACACCACGUGUCUGUGCUCGGGCCAGGUAAUUCUUGUGGAAAGUCGGAGCGAAGACGGUACUUGGCCGACUGUUACACUGCACCUAACACGGAAUUCACUGGACAAUCAGAGUUCCUAUUACCAGGGCCAGCCUGGAGUCUGCGGAUUAAGUAAUCUUGGAAAUACCUGUUUCAUGAACUCUGCUGUCCAGUGCCUCAGUAGUAUUGCUCCCCUGACUGAGUACUUCCUGAGUAAUGCCUACCUUCCGGAAUUGAAUGUGGACAAUCCGCUGGGGAUGCAGGGAGAGAUCGCAGAAGCCUACGCAGAUAUCAUUAAGCAGAUGUGGUCUGGGCGUCACUACACUGUCGUCCCCAGGAUGUUCAAGACCCGGGUGGGACACUUUGCCCCCCAGUUCUCAGGGUAUCAGCCCCAUGACUCCCAGGAGCUGCUGGCCUUCCUAUUGGACGGUCUGCAUGAGGACCUAAACCGUGUCCGCAGGAAGGAGUACGUGGAACUGAAAGAUGCAGCAGGAAGGGACGAUGUG